CAUUCGGCUUUUACUGGGGCCGAUAGUAGGAGAUUGAUUACGUCUCCGGGAUUUUCUGCGGAAGGAACACACAGACUGAGAUUUGCUCUCUUAUCAACGGAACAAAAAAAAAAGACGUGGGGGAAAAAACCCUAACAAGGACUUAAUGCAGCGUCUUUUUAAUUUUUUUUUUUAAUACUUGGGUUGGUCCACGUCCCGUGUCGUGCGCUGUUCCAAAGAAAGAGUCGUGCAGGACUUGGAAGUGAGUGAGCCGGAGCUCCGCCGCAGUCUUUGGAUGUGUGGCGGUCGUACGCCGGGGAGUGGGUUGGGUCGCCCGGGUGCCUGGCGUAGGUCCUCGGCGAUAAGGUGAGCGGAAGAAAGGACUCCCAGUUCUUUUUUUUCUUUUUUUUUUUCCUUUUUUUUGUGCUGGGCUGUGCUGAUCGCCGCCGGGGGAGCGUUGGAGCACCUUGCGUGGAUUUGUUUCGUCAAAGAGCAGGAUUCACCUUACGCUCUUUUUCCUGGUCCGGGAGAGCCGCGACUCGUUUGUUCAUCCAGAAGGGGCGACAUCGAUUGGGUCGCUGGGCCGGCCAAGGCACGAUGGCAACCGGUGUGCUCCUCGUCGCCUUCGCGAUGCUCGCAGGUGCCGCUGUGGCCCAGAGAGUGGUGACGGUGCAAAGCGGGCCCCUGAUUCGGACCGAAGGCUCCCACGUGACCAUCUGGUGCAACGUGACGGGCUACAAGGAAGGCUUGGAGCAGGACUUUGAGUGGUCCAUGUACCUGCCGUCCGCACCGGACCGGGAGAUCCGCAUCGUGAGCACAGCCCAACCCAACUACGCCUACGCCGUCUACGCCCAGAGAGUGAACAGCAAGGACAUCUACGUGGAAAGGCUGAGCCGUGACUCGGCCAUGCUGCACAUCACCAAAGUGCAGGCCAAGGACCAGGGCCUAUUCGAGUGUUACACACCCAACACUGAUGGCCGCUACCUUGGUUCCUACAGCGCCCGCACCAACCUCACUGUUAUUGCUGACUCACUGACAGUAUCCGCUCCAGCCCAGACCCUGUCCAAAGUGGAAGGCGAUACUCUUCAGCUGACCUGUGAAGUUUCCCGGACCACGAUGCAACACACGCACUUGUCAGUGGGCUGGUACCUGAAAGCGCCCGAUGGCAAGCUGCAGCCGGUGGACCAGGGCCUGCUCUACUGCCAGGCUGCGGAGUGGAUCCAGGACGCCGACGGCAGCUGGUUUGCGAUGACCCGCAAACAGAGCGACAAGACCCCGCUCCGCAUUCAGCCCACCGAUCGCGACUUCAGCAUCCAGGUGAGCACGGAGCGACGGUCCUUCACGGCCGGUGAGCCGCUGGAGCUCCGCUGCACCAUUGAGGCGCAGAACGUCCUUGAGCGAUUCUUCAUGGUGUCGUGGGUCUUCAGCAGCUCACCGGUGGCCGUGGUGGGCCCCAGUGCCGUGCCUGUCCUGGGAACCGACUAUGUGGCUCGCGAAGCUGCCGGCCACAUGACGGUGCGCAAGGAGGGCCCCAAUGUGCACCUCCUCAAACUGCAGCACCUACGCCCCGACGACGCCGGCAAAUACAUCUGCCGCGUGACAGAGCGGGAAAAGACACCCACGGGAGACUUCAUCGACCGCAGCAAGCGGUCCCGCAACGUUCAGAUCACAGUGCAGCCGCUCAAGAGCAACAUCACCGUCUUGUUGUCGAGCAAUUCUUCUGAGGUACUGGAGGGCAACGUGAUGCAGUUGACCUGCUUGGUGCAGUCCACCACAGGUCCGCUGUCUGUUGUCUGGCAGUGGACGGACAAGCAAGGCAGUGAACCGGCCCAGAGGUUGGCCUCUUUGGACAGAGACGGCACCGUUCGCCACAGCGAUGCCUACAGGGAGCGCUCCAGCUAUGGCGAGAUACGAGUCGAGAGGUCGGGGCCUGACACCUUCUUACUAUCCAUCUACAAUGUCUUGCCUGGGGAUGAAGGGCAGUACAGUUGCACUGCAACCGAGUGGUUUCAAAGCGGCACUGAACCGGAACUCAGCUGGGAGCAGAUUGGAGAGAAGUCAGACACGCGGGUGGUCACCGUCAAGACUGUCGAGUCCUCCUUCGUGGUCUCCGCCUCAUCACGGACCCCAUCUGUAACCUACGGAGACUCCUUUGACCUCCUGUGCUUGGUCAAGCCCCGCCACAACCCUCGCGUCCCCACCUCCGUCACUUGGCGCUUCAUGCCGGCUGGUUCAGAGGCCUCCGGCGAGGGCGAGUUCAAGGAGUUGGUGACUUUCACCCGGGAGGGUACGUUGCAGUGGGGGGAACAGCUGCUCGGUCUGGGCACCCGCACCACCGUGGACCGCUCGCACUCCAACACCAACUUCCGACUGUCCGUGACGCGGGCGGGGCGUCGCGAGGCCGGCAAGUACCAGUGCACCGCCGUUCUGUGGAGGAAAAACUACGACAACAGCUGGAGCCGAGUGGCCAACCGUACCUCCAACCUCCUGGGAAUCAGCGUCUUCCAACCAGAGAGUAAGCUUCAAGUGCUAAAAAAGAACCAGUCUCUGGUCAACCUGGAGGACAGUCGAGUCCGGAUCAAUUGCUCCAUCACCUCGCAGACCAGCCCGGACUCCCACCACGCCGUGCUGUGGUACGUGAGACGCGCCGCCGCGGGCACGGAGGCCGACGAGCUCCUACUCCGGAUUGAGCGAUCGGGGGCCCUGGAGUACGGCACGUACGCCGACGAGGAGAGGCUGCGGCGGCGCGUGCAGGCCGAGAGGCUCUCCCCACGCCACUACGCGCUGACGCUGAACAGGGCGGAGAGCGGCGACUCGGGGACGUACUACUGCCUGGUGGAGGAGUGGCUCAGUGAUCCAGAUGGAGCGUGGUAUCGUCUCUCGCGGGACACGUCUGGGUUCACGGAGGUUCGGGUUAGACAGCCAGAGGCCCGACUGUUGGUCGAGGAAACUGAGUCAAACGUGACUGUCCCGGAGUCCGGCCCAAUCCGCCUUGGCUGCAGCAUUCCCUCGCAGUCGUCCCGAGACUCGCGCUUCUCCGUGUCCUGGUACGUGGAGCGCGCCGAGGAGGAGGACGACGAGCUGCUGCCGACGGAAGAAGAGCGCGAGCGGGAGUGCGUGUUCUCCAUCGGGCACGACGCCAUCUUCGGGAACGGCAACUGCAGCCCCAGAGAGGAGGCGGGGCCUAACUCCCGCCUGCAGUUCGAAAGGAGCGCCUCGGACCAGUACAGCCUGACUAUUCAGGGAGCCCGGCCGACCGACAGGGGGCGCUACUACUGCCAUGUCGAGGAGUGGCUGCUCAACCCUCGCAAUGCUUGGUACCGCUUGGCCACCAACAACUCCGGCUUCAUGACUGUCAAUGUACUGCAACAAGAGUCCACCGUCAAGUCAGUGGUGUGCUCCAACGACGCGCUCUUCUACUUCGUCUUCUUCUACCCGUUCCCCAUCUUCGGCAUCCUCCUCAUCGCCCUGCUGCUGGUGCGCUUCAAGAACCGCAACAACAACAAGAGCCAGGAGGGCAAGAAUGGCGCCCCCCUCCUGUGGAUCAAGGAACCGCACCUCAGCUACUCUCCCACCUGUCUGGACCCGCCCGCGCUCAGCCUGCAUCCUGGAUCCGUGGACUAGAGCUUGACCCGCCGCGUCGGCCGUCGCACCAGGGGAGCGGAUCAGGACGCCGCUUUUGGGAUUCCCUGUCGUUGACUGCUGUUUUCAUCCAUGAGUAGAUCGGCUGCCUGUUUUUUUUUUUUUUUUUCCUGUGUGAGUGUGUGAGUGAGCGGCCUUCUCAUUUUUGUGUGUCUCACUGCCGCGUUUGAUUCAAUUACCCUAAAUAUUGGUCUGUUUUUUCAAAAAGGAGAACAAAAAGAAAUCAGCACACUUCUGAAAAGAAGGAACUCUCAGUAUUAAUUGGAUGCCCCUGCCCC